CGCGGACGGCUCGGUCCCCGGAUGGAGGUGCUGCGAUUCGGUCCCCGCCGGCGCAAGGGAUGGACGGGCACGGAAGACCGGGGCACCCAUUCUCGAGCCUUGGCAUUCUGGGAGGGAAGGAAGUGUCAAACGGAGGCUUAGAGCAAUGAGACGGAGGCUGCGGAGAAGCGUGGAGCCCCGCCUCUCCGCCAUAACGUCCUCGGGCACCGCCUCUUCCUUUACGGCCUCCCGCCCGCGUCUGCUUCCGGCCCUGUUCCCAGUGAGCGCUCCGCCGACUCCCUCGGGAGUAUCCCGUGGGCCGUGCCUCCUUCGGCAUGAGGAGCGGGGCUGUGACCCCGCUAGGGUCUGUCCAAAGGGAGCAGGCUGGCACGGGGUCCAGACUCGGCCUGGCCGGCGGAAGGCGACUUCUGGCUCGAGACGGCCCGCGAGGCCUUUGGCCCUGAGGACGCUGGGUCAGAGCGACAUCGCCCCGCCGAAGGUGUUAGUUGUAGUUAGCAGGCUUUUCCAAAUUCUCGAGGCAUACUCUAAGUGUGGGAUGCAAGUCUGUGGUCGCUGAGGUCAGAGCUUGACUCUGGAGAGGAAGAAUGCGAGUCUGGUCACGAGGCGGAGAGGUAUGAGGAAGAUCUGGUAGAACGCCUGAAUUCUUGGUUGUGAGAGGAUGUGGCCCCUGGACCCGUCCCGGAAAGAGGUGCUGAGGUUUGCGAUCAGCUGCCGUGUCCUGACUCUGAUGCUACAGGCUUUCUUCAAUGCCAUCAUCCCAGAUCACCAUGCAGAAGCCUUUUCUCCUCCCCGCCUGGCUCCCUCAGGCUAUGUGGACCAGCUUGUGGAAGGUCUUCUGGGUGGCCUCUCUCGCUGGGAUGCCGAACACUUCCUGUUCAUUGCUGAGCAUGGCUACCUCUAUGAGCACAACUUUGCCUUCUUCCCUGGCUUCCCCUUGGCCCUCCUGGUAGGGACUGAACUGUUGAGACCCCUUCGGGGGUUACUGAGCCAACGGAGUUGCCUGCUGGUUUCAGUAGCAUCACUCAACUCCUUGUUCUCCGUGCUGGCCGCAGUAGCACUUCAUGACCUGGGGUGUCUAGUUUUGCGUUGUCCCCGCCAGGCCUUUUAUGCAGCACUGCUCUUCUGCCUCAGCCCUGCAAAUGUUUUCCUGGCAGCUGGUUACUCAGAAGCUUUGUUCGCCUUCCUGACAUUCAGCGCAAUGGGGCAGCUAGAGAGAGGCCGAGGCUGGACUAGUGGGCUCCUCUUUGCUCUUGCCACUGGGGUGCGCUCCAAUGGGCUGGUCAGUGUUGGUUUCCUCCUGCAUUCUCAGUGCCGAGGCUUUUUCUCUUCUCUUGUGGUGUUGAACCCCCCGAGACAGUUCUUUAAGCUGGUAGCCUCUGUGUGCCUGUCAGUGCUCACACUGAGCCUUCCCUUUGCCCUCUUUCAGUAUUAUGCAUAUACCCAGUUCUGUCUGCCAGGCCCAGCCCGCUCCAUUCCUGAGCCCUUGGUGCAGUUAGCUCUGGAGAAAGGCUAUCGGAUUGCAGAGGGGAAUGAGCCACCGUGGUGCUCCUGGGAUCUUCCUCUAAUAUACAGCUAUAUCCAGGAUGUCUACUGGAAUGUUGGCUUUCUGAGAUACUAUGAGCUCAAGCAGGUGCCCAAUUUUCUGCUGGCGGCACCGGUGGCUAUAUUGGUUUCCUGGGCAACCUGGACCUAUGUGACCACACACCCUUGGCUCUGCCUUACACUUGGGCUUCGAAGGAACAAGAACAGUAAGGCCCUAGAGAAGUCCAGUCCAGGCUUCCUCAGUCCACAGGUGUUUGUUUACCUGGUCCACGCUGUAUUUCUGCUGCUGUUUGGAGGCCUGUGCAUGCAUGUUCAGGUUCUCACCAGGUUUUUAGGCUCCUCCACUCCUGUUGUAUACUGGUUUCCAGCUUACCUACUUCAGGAUCAAGAGCCACUGUUGAGAUCCGCAGAGACAGUAUCUUGGAAGCUUCUUGUGGAAGACUCCCCAUCAGGACAAAAGGUUCCCAGAAAUUUUAUCUUGGGACUUUUGUACAACUGGAAAACCUGUUCUCCAGUCACACGAUACAUUCUAGGCUACUUCCUGACUUACUGGCUCCUGGGACUUCUCCUGCAUUGCAACUUCCUGCCUUGGACGUGACCUGGAGUGUCGAGAGACAGGCUGGAACCUGGAAGCUGGCUUAACCCAGGAUCUGAAAGUUAAAAAACAUACGGGUGCUGCCCAUGCUGCUCUGGGAUCAUUGCUGUGUCCAUUAGAACCCUUUCAAAUCACCAUCUUUUUUCUGAGACAGGAUCUUGCUAUGUAGCUCAGGCUGGCUUUAAGCUCACUAUGUAGCCCAGGCUGGCUUCAA